AUGCUAUCUGUCAGCAGACCCGUGGAGAGUGCGCCUUUCCCCCCAGGCAAUCGCCACGGCAUUUCCAGCAGCAUAUUCCAUGAAGGACAACUUUCUUUGUAUCCGCCGAAACAAAGAGUAGAGCCAGUCUCUAGGCACCGAGGAUAUCCAUCUCCGCCUAUGUCUGGAUCUCCACCGUUCGAGUCGGCGCGGACUGCCCAAGACGUGAAUUCGUCUGGUAGAAGUCCUCACCACAGCAUGCCCUCGCACUCUUCGCAAACAAGGUGGCAAACUGAACAGCGAUCUGCAAGGGCUGCUGAGGAGCCUAGAGGUCUACUCCCAUUAUCCAACACCUUUCCGCAAGAGACGCCCCGUGGACCCCAUCUUCGUCGACCAUCUGACCACCGACUACCGCCUUUGUUGACUUACAACACACCCGAGUCUGUCAACAAUCCGCACGGCACGCAAAGACAGCCAUACGACUCGCUUGCGUCGUCAAUGCCUCCUCAACACUCGGCAUCGCAGCCUCGAAGCUCCAUGCCCGAGUCUAGCGUCAGGGCUCUGUCUCCUAGAUCACAACGCAAAACAAAAGGGCAUGUCGCUUCGGCGUGUGUUCCAUGCAAAAAGGCGCACCUUCGUUGCGAUUCACAACGGCCUUGCGCGAGAUGCGUCUCUCAUGGCAAGGAAGACACUUGCGUUGAUGUACGGCACAAGAAGAGGGGACGACCUCGCUUGAGGGACGACCGUGAAUCGCGUAUGGAUCCCGCCCGUUUCUCCCAUGCGCAAGAUGGCGGCGCCGGAAAGAUGCCAAAUAUCCGGCCGGCCUCAAUGGGGCACCACCCCAUGUAUGAUGGUCCCAGCAGCGCCCCUCGAUCGGCCCCGGGCUCUGCUUUCCCAUCCCCCGAAACUCCAGGCGCUCGGUACUUAUCCCGAGUGGUGUCUGCCGACGCCACUUUUCAGGGAGACAGGCAACGUCGACUUGCAGCCGAAGCGCCGAUUGUCUAUAUGAGAACGAGUAUGGAGGUUGUCAAAGCCUCGUCCUCCUUUGCAGAGGCGAUUGGUGCCAACGGAUUCGUCGGAAGAAGGAUCAUGGAGAUGGUAGUCCCCGAAACAUCAGAGACGAUGAUGGACCUCUGCAAUGUUUUGAAUAGCGAGCAAAAGAGGAGAGAGCCGACAUAUCUGCCGCCCAUCUUCGACAAGGGUAACGAAGCCGCGCGUGCGUUGAGUUUUGCCCCGGAAAUUGUCAACCGCCUCGAGUUCAACCACCAAGCGUAUGCCACAUUUAGAGGUCACGAUGGACAGCUCCGAUCAUAUCCCAUCCGGUUGGGUCUAUUGAAAGAGGGUUCUUUCUUCUUCAUCGCGGCUCUGCUCACUCUUCAAGCGCGUCCUCACUACCAACCGGGUGUCCCGCACGCGCGCAAUGUCGGCCAUGCUAUGCCGCGCACUUCACCAAUGCAUGGCGCUCCUCCUCCAAUCGAUGCCGCUUGCCGUCAAUUCAGUGAGCGUCCGUUGGCGCUACGCAGAGAAGUUGGAAUGGGAAGACAAUCCACUCCUCAAGGAACUUCGCCUACCAGCGCCUACCAGUCCAUCUACUCGCCCUCGCCUCAUGGCGGCGAAUACAGCAGGGCAUCUUCUCUGCAGAUUCCUCGGAGCGAGCUGGGCGCGCCAACGCCUGCCCGUCCAAGUGAGCCGCGAUACACACUGCCUCCAAUUCGCUCGUUGGCGGAGCGAGGUCGCGGCACGCCGGAAAGAGAUGGCAAGCAAAGGCGGCUUAGUAUCGGCGGCCUGAUCCAUAACACUGGAACAUGA